CGUUUUUCUAUGAUUUUCCUUUCAAAAACCUUUGUCUGUCCAUGUGAGUUGCUUAUUGCCAUUUUCCACACACUUCAAAGUUAAAUAAGCUAUUGUACAAAGAAAUUGCCCAUACCCCGCCUCCCAAUCAUAUAUACCUUUUUUUGCUUUCUCUUUCUUUUUCAACACUUCUUCUUUGUUUUCAACUGUUCCAAUCUGUAUUUCAGCUUCCACAGAAUAAAAAAUUUCCCUUUCUGUUUCCACUGCCUAUAUCCACACUGUUUUCAUGUUUGCUGAGAAAAUUUGGAAUGUAUAAGAGCUGAGAGGGAGAAAAGCUAGUGGAGUUUACUAAACAAGUUUAGAUAGAGAGAUAUGAUGUGAAUUAGGAAGCAAAGAUGAAAUCUUUCAGUGGAUUAGGGAUUGGUUUAAGUUUGGUAUUUGGUUGUCUUGUAUUGGCUCUUGUUGCUGAGCUUUACUAUUUGCUUUGGUGGAAGAAGAGAAUUGCUAACGCUGAAGUUGAAUACGAUUACACCAACUAUGCAAAGGAUCUUGUUCAACUCUUGUGCUGGAAGAAAUCGGCUUCUUUACAUGCAACCACAAUCCCCAACAGCAGCCAAGGUAGCAAUGGUGUGGAGCCAGACCUGGAACUAGGGUCAACCAAGGGUCUGAUGCUAAAGGGUUUUGGAGAAGAGGGUGUUGAAUCAGAGCUGAUGAGGCUCCACAAUCUGGCUGGUCCACCUAGAUUCCUCUUCACAAUCAAAGAGGAAACAAAGGAAGAUUUAGAAUCUGAAGACAAAGGGUCAAGAAGAAGGAACUUGAAUGAUGUUAUGCUACCUACUGGUGGCACUCCUUUCCAUAGUCCUUUGUCUUCUUCACCAUUGAAGUCACCUUUGGGUUCAUACCACCACCAAGGAUUCAAUCCUCUCUUUGAAUCAUCGACGGAUGCAGAGUUGAAUAAGCUGAGAUCUUCACCUCCUCCAAAAUUCAAGUUCUUAAGGGAUGCAGAAGAGAAACUUUUGAGAAGAUUGAUGUUAGAAGCUGAGAAAAGGGUACAAGAAAAUGGCAGUUCCCUUCAAGAUUCUGGUGUUAAAGCUGUUAACACUACAACCAUUUCAACGGAUGGGAUAAUAGAAGGGUCUUUCCUUAAAUUCAUGGUCGGUAAGAACAGGGAACCUCUCCAAUAUUUACCACACUAUCCUUCAAGUUCGUCUCAGGUACUGCCAUUGUCUUCUUCUCCUACAACAUUCAGACCACCAGACAAGAAAGACAGUAUGUAUUAGAUUCCUGCUAGAUGAUAAUUUAUUCUUUUACUCUACCAAUUAAUUCCUCAAGAUGGUUUACUUUACAAUCUGCAACGUUUUGGUAGGCAGUUAAUCUUGAAUUAAGACAAAUUGACAAAUUCUAAGAUUGAUGUUUAGGAUGUUGGUUUGGUUAGUUCAAAGUGGGAGCAAUCUGGUUUUGCCCCAUCUUCCAUGUCCCCUCCUCCAUUGUGCUGCUACCAGUUCUCAUUUUCUUAAAAGUAAAUUCCUAUUAGAGAUGAGCAAUGAUAGAAAAUGAAGCUUUUAGACAA